AGCAGGGAGUGAAGGACAGAAGGCAAAGCUGUUUAACAAGUUAAAAGAAAAAAAGGAUAUCAAUUUCCAAAAUGAUUUUCAGAGCAAAUUGCUCUGAAAGCAGCUUAUGUUAUAUAGUAGGAGAAGAGGAAAACUAUUAAAAAAAGUAAAAUAAUAGAAAUAUUGGUGGAAGAUGCAAUGAUUGCUUUACAAAAGGACCAAUUUAACUAACAAGAAGACUGGAAUUAAGGAAACAAGGUGAAUAGAAAAAAGGAACAAUAAUGUAAUAAUUUAUAAAACAAACAUAAAAGGCUGCAAGACAUAUCAAAUAAAAGAGGAACAGAGAAGUACCAAGGAAUGCAGCAAGCUGGAAAAUUACGUAGUUUUUAACUUUAAAGACCUGUGCAAGAGAGCACAAUAGGAAAGAAUCCUAUUUACUUCACAUCUGGAAUCUGUUUAUUUUCAGAUGUCAGUGGCAGAGGAGACACUCUUCUGUCUGUGAACUUGCUGGAUGAAGUAGAAAAACUAUGUACUUUUAUAAAAUGUUGUGAAGUGCUUCGUAACCAGCCUUUGUAAAAUACAUAAAACUUAUUCCUUAGGUGAGGCAAGCAAGGAGAAAAGGAACUUUAGUAAUUAAAACAAACAACUGGGCCAGAGUGAUACAGCUUCAAGGAAUGAAUCUCUGUAAUCUGACUUUGCUCAGGACUGUAGAGCCAACUUUAAGUAACUGUUGAUUGUCUGAGAUGCUGUAAUUCUAUUCAUCACUGAGCAACCUGCAUUUCUCCCUCAGACGUGAAAUCUGUAGAUCAUGAACUCUGCACUAACCAAGUAUGGUUCCCCUCCUCGGAACUGGCUUGCUCUACGUCUCAGAAUAAAUGAGCGAAGCCUGACUGAAGAAAAGGUGCUACUAUGUCAAAACCCUGACUGCCCUGGUGACCGGAGGAGGGCUGUUAAGGUUUGUCACCAUGCAGACUGUCAGAUUCUUAACCACAAGUCUCCACUGAGCCUGUGUGAGUCAUGUGACAGCAAGUUUCACAGCACGAUGCACUUUGACCGACAUACACGUUUUGACCUACCACCUCAAGGUUCGAUACUGGCCAGAAACGUGUCUACUCGAUCAUGCCCUCCCCGUACCAGUCCUGCCUCAGAUGUGGAGGAAGAGGAUGAGGGGUUAAUGGACAGCAAAGGUGACAAGAAGAACUCUGCAUUAAAACUACCUAAAAAGAAGACUAGGAGGAGACAUACAGACGAUCCAAGCAAAGAGUGCUUCACUGUAAAGUUUGACUUGAAUGUGGAAAUUGAAACAGAAAUUGUUCCUGCCAUGAAAAAGAAAACUCUUGGCGAAGCACUCAUGCCAGUAUUUGAGAGGAAGGGGAUCGACUUACCCAAAGUAGAGAUUUUCUUGGAUCAGUCCAAUACACCUCUUUCUCUGCAUUUUGAAGCAUAUCGCUUUGGUGGACAUUACCUGAAAGUAAAAGCAAAGCCAGGAGAUGAGCUGAAGGUGGAAGAGGCAGUGAAAGACUUCCGUUCCCAAAGCCUUCCCAACAUGAGGCCAUCUGGUACUUCACUGAAUUAUAUUUGCAAUCCUGCCCCAGAGAAGGCUGAGACUUGUCCUCUGAGACGAGACAGCUUGGAUAUUCUGGUGCCAGGAAGACGAAGGAAGAAUAUGAGUGAAUUUCUUGGCGAUGCCAACAUUCCUCCUCCUGAAACCCUACACAGCUUCAGUGCUGCACUUUCCAAUAAUGGCAACGACACUUGGAAAAAUCGAGCUGCAAGUCGUUUCAGUGUUCUUUUUGGUUCUGGUGCCAAUGUUGGAAUGUUUGGGAAAGAGAUGGACAAGAUGGAACAGUUGGAGAGCAGACUGAAUUCUUAUGAGAUGUUUGGACUUCCCAAGAUGCCUCAGCAACUAUCUUUUGACCAAGACUCUUGGGAACAAGAUGACUCAAGUCUCUCGCUGGAAGAAUCGUGGCAGGAUAUUGUUGCUGCCCCUGAGACACUUACUCGUCGCCAGUGUCAUCAGCAGGAAGCUAUAUGGGAGUUGCUUCAGACAGAGGCCACAUAUAUCCGGAAGCUGAAAGUCAUCAGAGAUUUGUUCUUGUGCUGUCUCUUGAACUUGCAGGAGUCUGGAUUGCUGUGUGAGGUUGAACAUGAACAACUGUUUAGCAACAUCCAGGAGCUGAUCCGGCUGCAUGUGGACAUGUGGCAGGAUGUAAUGGCCCCCGUACUAGAGAAAGCCCGGAAAAACAAAACCCUUUUGAGUCCUGUGGACUUUAAGGAAGGAUUCAAUAAAACGUUUGGGUCCCGCUUCAAGCCGUACAUCAGAUACUGCAUGGAAGAGGAAGAGUGCAUGAAGUAUAUGAGAGACCUUCUCCGUGACAACGACCUCUUCAGGGUUUACAUUACGUGGGCAGAAAAACACAAACAGUGCAAUCGACUGAAACUCUCAGACAUGCUAGUGAAGCCUCACCAGCGGCUCACCAAAUACCCCCUUCUCCUCAAAUCGAUACUCAAGAAAACAGAUGAUCCACUGGAAAGGGAAACCAUUGUUACCAUGAUAAAUUCAGUUGAAGGCUUCAUCAAGCAAGUAAACUGCAGAAUGCGCCAACGACAGGAGCAGCAGAGACUGGCUGCCAUUAUCACACGCAUUGACUCAUAUGAAGCAGUAGAUGGCAGCACUGAAGAAGUGGAGAAGAUCCUGAAAGACUAUUGUCGGUUUGACUUGACAACCCCAAUGCUAGGAACGUCACCUGAUGACACUCGACAGCUACUGCUGGAAGGAGGCCUAAAGAUGAAGGAAGGGAAGGAAAGCAAGAUGGAUGUACACUGUUUCCUCUUUACGGACAUGUUUCUAAUCACAAAGUCAGUAAAGAAGGCUGAAAAGACAAAGGUCAUUAGACAGCCACUGUUUGUGGACAAAGUUGUAUGCCGUGAACUCAAAGACCCUGGGUCAUUUCUGCUAAUUUACCUGAAUGAGUUCCGCAGUGCUGUGGCAGCUUACAGUUUCCAGGCCAGCAGUCAGUCAUUGUGCCAGGGAUGGAUCGAGGCGCUGUUCAAUGCACAGAACCUUUUACAGAAGCUUCGUCUUCAGGAGUGCCAGCGACAGAUCCAGGAGGAGGAAGAUGCUGAAGCAGAAAGUGGGAAUUCCGCAGCCAGUUCACCAACUGUACCACGGAAAAACAGUGCCACUCUUGAAUCAGAGCCAAGCCACUCUGAUGGGUCCACUGAAACAAUAUCUGUCAUGGUCAUUGAUGCUCUUGAGGAGGUAUCUUCACCUGAAGGUGAAAGGGGACCAUUCAGCACUCAGUCUGAUGAGACCUCCAUCAGCACAAUAGAAUCAUCCAGCACGCCGACCAGGGAGAUGUACGAAUAUGGGGAGAUCUCUUCUGAAAGCCUCUCCAGUGGUGAUGUUAAUUGUUUGAAACCGGACCCUAACACAUGUCGAUCUGCUUCCAUUGAUAGUGCCUAUGGGACUCUGUCACCAUUGUCCAUGCAGGACUUUGUAGAGCAGCAGCACCAUCAGCAGCAACACCAUCACAACCAGGAGUCCAUGGAGGAAGACCAAGAAUCAACACAUUCCCAGCGUGCUUCCUCUCCAAAGCUCCGUCGGAGGCCUCCAGUGCAACUCCUCCCCUGCAGAGCCAAAGUUUUGAAAUCCAAAUCUGAAGCCAAUCUUCUUAACCUAAUAUCUUCCUCUUUAGUGACUCCAUAUAGUGAGGAACUUCAUGUUAGCCAGAGCAAAAGUCUCACUGAACUCUCGAGGUCCCUUGGAGAAACUGAGUUUUUUGGAACUCAGACUAAAGGCAAAGAAGAAGCCUUUGACAUUCCAUGUGAAUCCAUCAAUGAAAGGACUUGUAAGUUGUCAGCUACACUAAAGCGGGCUGAGGCACUGCAGCCAUUAAGAACUCGUGCACAGUCAGAUAGCACAUACAGAAGGGGGAGCCAAAUGAGUGAGUCUUCAGACAGCUGUAGCAGCAGUAGCUCACCUGAACUUUCAGAUGCGGAAGAGCUGGAAUUUGUAAAAGGACAUGCCCAUCCUGUGGUUAGUGGUGACCAGUCUGGGCCUGCUUCAGGGGACAGUGGACAGUCACAUUGCACAGAUCCUACAGACUGGUCAGAUUCACAUAAACUGGAUCAAGUGAUCCGCAGACCCCACAGUCAAUCCUUGACUGAGCUACCAGUGUAUCUUGAAAAUAAGGAGGGGUCAGGGUCACGACGGACCAAUUCUGAUUCACAUGGUGGGCAGCACCGCAAACUCACCCUAGCACAGCUAUACAGAAUAAGAACCACACUUCUCCUCAACUCUACACUAACUGCCUCGGAGGUCUGAACAUUUCACAGUUCUUGGAACAUGCUUGCAAGAAUGGGGGACACCUGCAGCCUAGCACCUGGACAUGUAAAUAUUGUAGACCCAGAUGCAUCAAGAACAGGAUAAGGUGAUCUGCUGUAUUGCCUCAGGUUUACUGAUAUCUUGAGCUUCAAUUUCCUAGUUAAAUGGACAUUCAGUGCAGCGGUGCUAGAAUGGACCUACUGGUGGCAGCUUAUCACUGUCACACCUAUAUGGCGCAGCUUAAGCUGUGCUGUGUAUAAAAGGUGCCUGUUGAAGAUUUCCAGUACUGCAGUGUGGACUAGUGACAUUUGUUGUUAUAUAUGCAUGUUUUGGGGAGAACAGAAGAAAAAUCCCCUGUUAUCAGUGGAGACAAACAAUAUACUUGGCUCAAGACAUAUAACUAAAAUUAACUGCUUGUAUGUAUAUGUGUAUACAGUGUAUCUAUAUAUAAAUAUAUAUAUAAUAUAUAUUAAUUAUUUUGAUUCAUGACAUAAAUGCACUCAAGGUAAGACAGAAAAUUCAGACUUCCCUUUACCCCAGUAUCUCUGUGUUAUACAUGGAGUAUUGCUUUGCACUUGUUAAAAGGGAGAGUCUAGAAUUUAUAAACCAGUGGGAAAAAAGUGGACACUACAUGCUGUGCCACGUAUUGCAAAUGGUUGAAGUGGCACUUUGCCUGUGGAAUUAGCCCCUUACUCUGUGCUGUUGCCACAGGAGUGGAGAAGAGGUGCAGAGAGGUUUGAUCCACAUUUCUUGAAUGGAAAGCAACUCGGAUGGACAUGGGAUUUGCACUAAUAAUGUAACAGCUCAUUUUAAAAUGCCAACUGAAUUAAUAUUUGUUCAUGUUUACUAAUGCACAUAUUUGGGCGACAACCUCCAGUACCACCUCUGGUUUACUGAAAAUGUUUAUUUAAAAAAAAAUAAAUAAAAUUACUCAAGAUUUCA